AUGGGAAUUUGUCUCACAACUCUUUAUUCAGCUUACAAAAAUGAUCUUAUGAAAAAGCAUAUCAUACCAAGCGAAAAAAUCAAUAAUUUAUGUGUUAGAUGGAGAAAACUUAGAGCUCCAGAAACAAUGACUCCUAAUGAAUUCCAAAAAGCUAUCAUUCAAAACGACGAUAUCAAGCUGAAUUACAAAAAAUUUUAUGAUACAGGAUUAGAAAUCGAAGUGAUUGAAUUCCUUACUGGGUUAAGAAAUAAACUCGUGGCGUUGACUCUGAGGUGCACUCACUAUGGAUCUAUCCUGAUGAAGCUAAAAUAGUGUCUAUAUCAUGUUUUGAGCUUAGGGAAGUCUUGCCGAAAAGGGAAGUUUUGCUUCUCUCCCGAAGGUUUUUCAGUCCUUGCCAGAUGAGCAAAACAGAUUUUUGCCUCUUCCCUAAUCAAGACCUUCGGGAACCCUGCAAUGAGUGGCUCUGCCAAGGAGUUAAUCUCCUGGGCAGGUAAUUCAAGCAUGAAAUCAAAAAGAGCGACCUUUCAGAGCCAAGGCGAGCGACUACAAGACCUAUUAGGCCACAUAACUUAACAACUUACUGGUUUAAUUAUUUUAAGUAAUGGAAAGCUGGAAGAUAGGCUAAAAACCUUAUUUUCUUUAUAUUGCUUCGAAGACCAAUCUACUAUGACCCCUGAUGAGUUUGGAUUUUGCAUUGAAAAAUGCUUAAGAGCUAUUUGCAAUGUUGGCGAAAUCCAAUCUCCCCCUACUGAGCCUGUUGAUAUUGAUGAAUUCAAAGAAAGAGUUUGCAACGGUGAAGCCAUUGAUUUCCAAACUUUCAAGCAAAUAAUAUCUGAAGAAUGCUUUAAAUUUUCUGAAAUUUUCGAAAAAUCUUACGUUUAUAUGAGAAAAAUUUCCACAAUUUUAGUAGAAAAUCCUUUCCCUGUGAUUAAUUAUUUACAAAAAGGUGGGCUGUUUUUAGGAAAAUACGAAAUUAUUGAGACACCGAAUAUAAUUGAAGAAAUAUCGUCAAUUUAUAAGCAAAAAUAUAAACAUGCUAUGCUAGAUGUCAAGCCUAUGCUUGGUCAAGGAAAAUUAACAUUUGAGCUUAUAUAUGUAGCUGGUAUACAAGGCGAUAAAAAUUUUAGACAGAACUAUUUUAGAGAAAUUGUCUUACUCUCCUAUUCUUAAUUGAACUUAUCGCUAUAGUUCUAUCAAGGAAAGAGUUAAAAAUUGCUGGAAAAAUUAUAUAUAUUUUUUUAUUAAAUUGAAGAUUUUUAUAAAUAUAUAGCCGGGUAUUUUUGAGUUUACAGAUGCACAAAAAAGCCCAACGUAUAAUAUAGAAAUUGCCCGAGGAUUUUGCGCCAUCCUAGGGCAAUUUCUAUAUUUUAUGUGCUAGCUAUAAGAGAUAUAGAAAUUUCCCAUAGAUGGCGCUGCUUGCCCUUGAUUUGCCCAUGAGGAAAAAAUUUCGGUUUGACCAAACCAUAUGGGACUGGUCGAACCAAAAAAUUUCCCCAAUGGGCAAAUCAAGGGCAAACAGUGCCAUCUAUGAGAAAUUUCUAUAAGUAAGAAUUGCGCUAGCAAAUAUGCGAGAAAGCACAUUAGAAUGAUUUAAUAGUAAUUUUGCAUUAUAAGCUCUAAAAUUAAUACUAUAAAGAUAAGUAGUUAGAUUUAAGGUGUAAUAAUGAUGAAUGAAUAUAUGAAAUUGCUCGAUUAAGGAUGUAUCUAAUUUUCCUAGGAAAUUUUCAAUGGUGUCGUUUAAUCAAUGACGGGGGAGUUAAAAAAUAAAAUUACUAGCGAACAAAUCCAUGAAUUCGGAGAGCUCCCUGGUGGUUUACUAUAUAAAAGAAUUUCUGAUAUAGAAACUACCCAAAUGACUCUCAAAGAAUAUUUUUCAUUAAGAAUCAAGCAGCGAGAAAAAACCAAAAAAUCAGAAAAAAAGACUUGUCUCUUCUGUAUGAGCGAGCUGGAAACAAUUGAUUUAGGUCUAGAGCUCCUCGAUAAAUUAGAAGUUCUCCACAAUAUCCACGUUGUCCAUUCCAACAUAAAUCCAUCUUCUAUCUAUUUAGUUGAUCAAAAUAUCCAUAAUCUAGCCUUUCUUGAUCUAGAGCUUGCUAUAUGGGACACCUUAGAAAUUUUAGGUGUAGAAAGUCCAUAUUUCCAACAAUUACCAGAAGAUAAAUAUGACAUAACUUUUCGUGAUGAAAAUUUCUUAUCCCCAGAGCAUAAAGAACUAGCAGAAGAAUAUAGGAGAACUUCAAGAAUCCCUAAACAAGAAAUAACUGCACAAUGCGACAUAUACAGUAUUGGAGCUAUUUUAUAUAAUGCACUCACAGGAAAAAGCCCAGAUAAUUUCAGUAUCAUGACUUCUGUGCAUCCAGACCAUCAAGGACAAAGAGAACUGCUAGGGGAAUGAAAUUGUCCAAAAUUACUGAACAAUUUGAUGGUUUCUAAUGGGAUGUGUAGCUUUUUAUUGAAAAUUUUAGCAAAAGAUCUGAGGAUUCGGUAUAAGAAUAUUAAUGAAGUGAGAAAUGAUUUAAUUGCCUUAAAAAAAGACUUGGAGUCAAUACCAGAAAUUUUAAUGGAGGGGCUGGAGCAUGUAGAAGUAAAAGACCAGCAGAUUUUUCAUGAAGAUUAUAUUCUUGAUUUACGAAAUUUUGAUGUAAAUGAUUUCACUCUGGAGUAUUUAAAUAAAUUUAUAUUGGAAUCUAGAAUCCCAAACAUAAGAAUUUUUGGUGGCUGUUUGCCUUUGAGUGCGAUAAAAUCAAACAGAAUUGACAUCUUAGACCUUUCUAAUCAAAAAUUGUACACUGAAGAAUUAAUUGUCCUUUCACUGUUUUUAGAAGCAAAUACCCAGCUAAAAGUCAUUAAUUUAUCAAAUAAUCCAUUAGUAACUCGUCAUGAGACCAAAAAACCUAGAAAUCAUUUAUCAAAUGAUAAUAGAGUCACUGAAUACAGCCUACAAAAAUUUUUGGAGUCUUUAAACACAAAUGUAGAACUCAUAGAAUUUAGAGUCGCCAGGGUAGAAAUCGGGCCAUAUUUUGCCCAGCAGCUCUGCAUGCCAAUAGCAAAAAAUAAUAAACUAGAAAUCUUGGAUCUAGGGUUUUGCAAGCUACAAGCUGAUGGAAUUCGAGAAAUUUGUGAAGUUUGCCAACACCUAAAGUUUUUAAAUACUUUAAGUUUAAGCGGAAAUAUGAUGGGCAAUGAAGGAGCUCAAUAUGUAGCAAGACUUAUAGAAAACAGCACAACACUAGUAGAAGUUGAUUUAGAUACCAAUGAAAUCGGAAAUGUAGGGGCUGAAGCCAUAGGGCAUGCAUUGACUACAAAUUUUGUGAUUUUGAGGCUUAAUAUUGAAGGAAAUGAUAUAGAAUUCAAUGAGUCAGAAUUUAUUACGCAGAGUGUAAGCUUUAAUAGCCAUUAUAAUAAGUUAAAGACAAGAAAUGAAAAGUUUGGAGAAUAUGGGCAUAAUUUGAUAGCUGAAAGCUUGAAAAAAUGGAUUGAGUCACAUAAGUUUGUGACUGAAAAAUUAAGAGCGAGGCUGCAUAAAUGUGUGGAUGAAAUCGAUACGAAACUGGCUGAAAUUUUGUUGGAUUCGCAAGGAAAUUUGAAUUUGAGACCGAUUCCGUUGAAAUAUACGUAUAAUCCUGGAGAAGGGACAGUUCAUUUUGAGACAGGAAAGCAUAAAUAA